UGUGUUGGGGAUAAGCUGGAUCAUUUAAGGUGGAAACAACUUCCACAGGUUGCUCUGGAGACUUUGAAUUUGAAGAAUUUUUAGGUUUAGGCCCACUCAGUUCCAUCUAAUAUGGUCAGAUCAGUGUACGUGUAACCAGACCUUGCAUCACAUGUAAUGGAUGUAGAGAGUGAGUAUGACGAGACACCAGUCCGAGACCCUAGUGGGGGUGCAAGAGGUCAUGAGUUGCCACAGGAUAGCGAGCAGCGUCGUGCCCAGCAGAGACGAGCCAUCGCCAAGAUCAGCCGGGAGGAGUUGGAAGAUAAAUACCUCCGCCUCCACGACGAGAAUCUGGUCCUGAAGAGACAUGCCCGGAAACAGGAGGAGAAGAUUAAGAAAAUGGCCACCAAGUUGCUGAGGUUGAUCAGUGACCGCAAGAAGCAAGACCAAGAAGGGGGCGGGGCUCAACGGCCAGCUCGCAAGGGGCGGGAUAUUGAGACAGAAGAGAUGCUGGAGGACCUACAGAGCAAAGUACGGGAGCUCACCAAACAGAACGACUUGCUCAAAAAUAAGUUGAUGGUCACCAAGCAACAGCUUGCCACACAGGGUACCAGACCAACGCCUUAUCCACACGUCCAGUCCAGGAUCAAUACAGGUAUUCCCAAACCACCACCCCCAGACAACGCCAGGAAGGGCUUGAGAGUACAGGGACUGGACAGAACCAAAUCUGCAACACCCAGAGCCUUCAGGACAGAUGUUCUGCCGAGAUAUGGUCACAGUCUUUUGGAGGAAGCCAGAGAGGAAAACCACCGACUAGAGGAAAUGAUUCAGGAUUUGCAAGAUCACAUAUCAUCAUUAGAACAAGAUCGGGAGAUUCUACAGGAACAAGUGAGAAUCAAGGAACUGGAGCAUGAUGAAACGCUGCUGAGACUGAAGGAACAGAUGUCGGCGGGUCAAAGGCACACUGCAAAGACCAACAUUCAUGAGAAUGUUGAGAUGAUCCGUCUGCAGAGGGAAGUCAAGGAGAAAUCCACCAAGCUGGAGGCCCUCAAAUCUCAGUUUGCUAAUUUAGAAGAGAAUCUGAAGACGGUGAAGAAGAGUCAUGAUGCUGUCCUUUCAGAGCUGGAGCAGCUCAACAAGGUGUACCAGAAAGAGCAGAGCAAAGUGCUGGCACUGCAGAGUGAGGUCAAAGAGUCAAGCACAUCACAGAGAACCAUCCUGGAGCUCCAAGAGCGAAUCGGCAGUGUUGAGAAUGAGAAGAUUAUUUUACAGGAAGCCAAUGAGAAACUCUUGAACAGUGCAUUUGAUGCUGAGAGAGAAAGGCAGUACCGAGCCAAUGAGAAGCAGCUGAAGCUGCAGAUUGCUCAGCUGGAGGCCACCCUGAAGGGGGACUUGAAUGACAAGAACACCCUGUUGGAUAAACUCAACGAGGAGCGAGAGCUAUACGAGAAGUUGUCCAAGGAGAACCAGCAACAGCAGAUCAACUACUACCAGGUACGAUCACAGCUGGACGAGCUGCAGGAAAAGAUGAAGUUCUUCACCAGAGAGAGUGCCGUGGACUUCCAGGAAUUGGAAGAGGCUCUGAUCAUCGUCAAGAGGCGAAAAGAGAAAGGCAGUCAGAAUCUGGAGUUUCUAGAGAAAGUGGAUGAGGAGAUGAACAACGAUCUUAAGGCCCAGGUGGUUUCCCUACAAGCUGAGCACGCAGAGACGGUCAGUGAGCUGGAGAAGACCAGGAACAUGCUGAUCUUGCAGCACAAGAUCAACCAAGAUUAUCAGAUCGAGGUAGAGGGCGCCACCACAAGGCUCGAGGAGUACAAGCAAGAGUAUGAGACUAAGCUGGAGGAAUACGCUCAGCUGCUGGACAUCCGAGCGGCUAGGAUCAAGAAAUUGGAGCGGCAGUUGAGAGAUGUCGCAUAUGGAACCAAGCAGUACAAGGUCACAGACAUUGCAGACGAUGAAGAUUAUGAAGAGAUUGAUGAAACUGUCAAGUUGGAACGGGGACAGAAUCUACUGGAACUUCAUAUUACAAAGGUCGUGUACAGCAGAGACGGUCUGAAAGCCCUCGGGGACGAAAAUCCCUCAACGUUUGUCACCUACGCGUUCUUUGAGUUUGAACUGCAGUCUACGCCCAUCCUCAAGGGAGACAGGCCGGAGUUUGACUUCACCUCGCAGUACAAGGUCACAGUGGACGACUUCUUCCUGCAGCACCUCAUGAAGGGGUCUACGACCCUAGAGGUGCACCAGGCCAUCGGGACGGAAUACCGCACCAUCGCUGCCUGCCAGCUGCGUUUCCGCGACUUGCUGGACAAGCCGCACGGACGACUACACGGCACAGAACAGCUGCUAGGUUUGGAACGCGCCGGGGUAAACUUUGGCACCAUUGAGUUCUGGGUUCGUCUCCGCGUCCCCAUGGACCAAGCCCUGAGAUUAUUCCGAGAAAGAGUGAAAGCCAUGGGCUACAUCAUGUCCAACACCAAGGCGGCAAAUCAGGCCUUGGCCACUCUGGAUCAGCCAGGAGCAGUGGGUGGCGAGGACGCUCGAGGGCAGCAGAGGGACAACCUGAACGAGCUGACCGUCAAGGUGGUGAGGUGUUCGGGCUUGAAGCCACGCCGAGAAGGUGUGCAGCCUAGCCCCUAUGCCGUCUAUCGAUUCUUUGAUUUCAACGAUCACGACACCACCAUAGUGACCAACAGUAACACUCCCGAGUUUAACGAUUCCUACGUUUACCCUGUCGUCAUGACUGCCGAGUUGGAUCAGUACCUGAAAAAUGACACUUUGGACGUGUACAUAUUUGAUGACACCGACCCAGAGGACAUGGCGUACAUCGGAGUGGCAAAGAUCCCGCUAAUCAGCCUGGCACACGACAAAGCCAUCCGGGGAACAUUUGAGCUCAAACAGAGCGACGGCAAAGUAUAUGGCACCAUAGACAUGGUGCUGAAAUGGCACUCGACGUACUUUGCGCCCAAGAUGACCUCAGGCAAACCAAAGGCUUCUAAACCACCCAUUGCACCAACUACCCCAUCCAAGCCAGAACCCGUUGUCGCGCACCGUCCCCCGAUCAAGCCGGUCUCCGCUCAAGCCGCACCCGAGGCCACCCCAUCGAGGCAGCCACAACUGCUGGCGGCCUCCACACCUGCCAUGCCUAGGCCGCGGUCUGGAAGCCAGCCGACGGAAGCGGACGCGGGUGAAAGGAGGGGAGAGAAAUCUCGGCCCCUGCCUCGACCGAGGACAACAUCUCAGCCUUUGGAGCCUAUGCCAAGGAAGUCCUCCGCUGAAUCCACCAAGAAUCCCGUCAUUGCUGUCACACCGCCACCACAAGAGAACCCGGCCAACCCCAUCCUGGGUGUCACUCAGACUCUGGAGGUCGACGGUCAGGCUGCCGGCCCAUCGGCCCAGGAGAGCCCCUUCGACAGCGAAGAGGACGCCGUGCUGGAUGACGUAGAGCGUGAGCUGGAGGGGUUGUCCAAGAGACAAGAGCAGGUGGAUAAUUCGGCGGAAGACGUGAACGACCUGGUUGCCCAGGAGAUGAGAGAGGAGUUUGGACAAGAAGAGGAAAAGAUUGGAAAGACGGAGCAGUUUGACGACACCAUGUUUGGAGACACGUCCGCUCCAGGGGCAGGGGACGAUGACUAUGAUGAAGACUCCAUUGCAGAAGAGAUGGAUAUUCCAGAACCCAUCGAGGAAGAGGAGGAGUCAGAGGAGGAAGAGAGGGAGGAGGUAGGGGCUGGGGAUGCCGGGCAGGAGAUGAUGGAAGGGGAGCUGGAGGAUGGAGGCGUGUCCAGUGACAGCGAGGCUCUGGUGGUCAUGUCUCCGGCCAUGAACAGACCCGUGUCGGCAGCUGCGAGUGAGAACACGGUGUCGGUGACCAUAUUCCACUUGAGUCUGGAACCAGACACGGCAGUGAUCGACGAUGCUAACAUCCAGAGACUGUACGUUGAGUACCGCUUCCUGGGCUUGUCCGGAGAGGAGACCGAAACGCCGUUCUCAUUGCCCAAACCCAAGGCAUAUCACAAUCUUGUCUACAACUUCAAGAAAGUGUUUCACGUGGAUGCUGAGAACAACAAACUUCAAAGGGACUACCUGGUCAGCAUGCUGCACCCGGAUGACGUCACACAAGGAAAAAUCCGAUUCACUCUUGUGAGUGAGCCCCUGGAAGAGAGCCAGGACCUGGAGUGUGAGGACGUGGGCUAUGCGUAUUCUACUACCAACGCGGUGGACGCUCUGUCUGCUGGCAACCCGGUCGAUGCCCUGUCUAUUGUCAACCCAAUCGGUGCCCAGUCUACUACCAACGCGGUAGAUGCUCUGUCUGCUGUCAACCCAAUUGGUGCCCUGUCUGCUGCCAACCCAAUAGUUAGUAUCGAUACCCCUGUCAGCUCAGGCGAUACGCAUACCCAGCCUACUGUCCUGCCCGUCAGUGCCGAGUCUUUUGACAAUUCAUUCGGCACUGAGUCCUCAGUCAACUCGAUCGAUGCCGAGACUACCUUCAAUCCAGAGGAUGCCGAGUCUACAGUCAAACCAGUCGAUACCGAGUCUACUGUCAAACCAGUCGAUACUGAGUCUACUGUCAAACAAGUCCGAGUCGAUACUGAGUCUACUGUCAAACAAGUCGAUGCCGAUCCUACCCUAAAUACACACGAUAUGCCUACUGAAUCUGCCGUUAAACAGGUUGAUUCCCAGUCUACCGUCAAAUCACUCAAUGCCGACUCUACCGUCAACCCAGUCGAUGCCCAGUCUGCCGUCGAACCACUCAAUGCCGACUCUACCGUCAACCCAGUCGAUGCCCAGUCUGCCGUCGAACCACUCAAUGCCGACUCUACCGUCAACCCAGUCGAUGCCCAGUCUACUGUCAGCCAAGUCGAUGCCGACUCUACCAUCAAACCACUCGAUGCCGACUUUACCGUCAAAGCAGCCGAUACUGAGUCUACGGUCAAAGACGUCGAUACCGAGUCCACCGUCAACACAUUCGAUACUGAGUCUACCGGAAAACCAUUUGAUAUCAUAUCAAAUGGUUUGCCGGUCGACACUUCUAUGAACACAGUCAGUGUAAAACCUACUGUCAACUCCAUCGAUACCAAAUCAAUUGUCACAUCAGACGAUAUUGAGUCUACUUUCAAACCAGUCAGCACUAAGUUUACCACCAAUCCAGUCGAUGCCAUGUCAAGGCCUACUCCAAACGCAGUCAACAGCGGGGCUCAACCGUCUGUCAAAUCAGUCAAUGCCGACUUUACAACCAAUUCAGAGUCCGUCGGCUCGAUCGAUCCAGUGGUAACGGGGAUCGCCAGGUCUUCUUUUGGUGCAGUUGGCGUCAGUAAGUUCAAUACUUCGCCGAUGUUCUGCGCGAAGAUUGAUGCAGAUAACCGUCUCCAUCUCCAUGCUUGA